CAGCGCUCGGCCGCCCCAUUCAUUCAAUACCAAAUUAAGAUACCCAUCACUUUAACACGAAUUUCAUUCCAAAUACUCCAAACCGUCACCAUGAAGUUCACCAGCACCCUCAUCGUCCUUAGCGUUGCCGCUCUCAGCAACGCACGCGCCAUCUAUGUUCGUCAGAACAACGCGCAGACCUUCACAGGCGCUCUCGGUGGUGUCGCAGCUACACCUGUCCUCGACUCGGGUAUCGCGAACCGCCCCUUCAGUGUCAAGGGCGACACUUUUGUCAACCUCUCGGGUGCCCUCCAGCGCUCUUGCGAUCAGCAGUUCAAUGGCUGCGCGAACUUGGCCAAUGGUGGACAGGGAGACUUCUCUACUCAGGAGUGUCAGGCACAGAAGGAACAAUGCGAUGCUGCAGGCGCUGGCAACUAGACCUGUCCUUCGAGGCAGCCUAUCGGCGUGUGUUGGAGAUCAUGUAGCUGUAUGACGAACAGCAAGAGGCUUGAUGCUUUGCAACGAGGAGACUUCCAACAUGUAUACU